GGGCGGAAGUUGCAGGUUGCAUGGAGGCGAGGGACUUUUUGAUGUUAUCAUUUUCAAUCAGAUUUGUGGGUCAAUUCUGAACAUGAAAGUCACAAUAACGACACUCUCAGACGACAUAUUCACAUUAGAGGCUGCCGGUGACAUAGAGCUUGAAAAUUUCAAAGCACUAUGUGAAUUUGAGACGGGAAUUCCGGCUCGAGAAAUCUCGAUUAUGUGGAAUGGCCGGCCCCUCCUGGACGAAAAGAAGACGCUGUCUGCUUAUGGGAUUAACGAUGGGGACGUCCUUCUGCUACAACAGCUGCGGGGACCCCAAGGGAGACCAACUGACACCCCGCAACCCCCAGCUGGUGCUCAAGUUGGACCAGGAGGAGGUCAGCUUCCCUUCAUAGACUUCUCCAGUGUAGCUAUUCCAGGCACCUCAGCAGGUGCUAGCCACCAGUCUGCCCAGGGUGGUGCCAGAGGGGGAGGAGGGGUACCCCCAGGGGGUGUGCCUGAAGACCCUGCAGUUCUCAUGGAGAUGCUGCUAAGCUCCCCUCAUGAGAUGUCUCUUCUGAAAGAGAGGAACCCACCACUAGCAGAUGCUGUGUUAAGUAGAAAUUUAGAAAAAUUCACAGAGGUUCUCAAUAAGCAGAAAGCAGAGCGAGCAGAAAGGGAAAGGGAGAGAAUAAGAAUGCUGUCCGCUGAUCCUUUUGACGCUGAUGUCCAACAAAAGAUAGCAGAAGAAAUUAGAUUACAAAAUGUGGAAUCCAAUAUGGAGACGGCCAUGGAGUAUGCCCCAGAGAGUUUUGGCCAGGUAGCCAUGCUGUAUAUAGACUGUAAAGUCAAUGGGCAUGAUGUCAAGGCCUUCGUGGACUCAGGAGCUCAGAUGACAAUAAUGAGCCAGAAGUGUGCUGAGAGAUGUCACAUCAUGCGGCUAGUGGAUACCAGGUGGGCGGGGAUUGCUAAAGGUGUGGGCACCCAGAAGAUCAUAGGAAGAGUACAUCUAUGUCAGAUACAAAUUGGUCCAGAUUUUCUUCAAUCCUCCUUCUCCAUACUAGAAGAUCAACCCAUGGACAUGUUACUAGGUCUAGAUAUGCUUAAAAGACACCAGUGCUGUAUAGACCUAAAGCGUGGUACUCUAGUCAUAGGGACAACAGGUACGGAGACGCCAUUCCUCACCGAGUCUGACCUCCCAGAUCACGCUCGUCUCAAUCGAACGGCCUCCGAGGUGGACGAGGGACAGCUUCAGGAACACGAGGAUCGCGAACUAGCUGAGGCCCUGAAUAAGUCCGCCAAAGAAGCAGGAGGCUCCCAUUCCAAAGACAGCAAGACAAGCCAACCACAGCGCCCCCUAUCACAGUCUACAAGCUCAGCAUCAUCAUCAUCAUCAUCCACCCCCUCUUCUCAGUCAGGCACAGCCACCUUUCCAGAAACUGUUAUCAAAAGAAUCAUGGAUUAUGGCUUUCCCAGGCAACAGGCAAUUGAAGCAUUAAGGAACGCUAAUGGUAAUGCAGAGACGGCACUCGCAAUAUUACUUGCCUCUUCGUUGCAAAUUCCAAAAUGACAGCCAUUAAUUUUGUGUCUGAGAUUCCAAUUUUCAGUUAUAUUCUUUUUCUAACUGUGAAAUGUCUCCAGUUUCUCAGUGCUUGAUUAAAAUGGAAAGGAAGCAACAGAAGAAGAAACUGUUAAUCAAACAUCACCGGUGACCCUUUCCAUAAAUCGCCUGAUCCAUUGGCCUUAGCAUAGCCUGCUAAACUUAUAUAGCUAAACACUUAAAGCCAGUUCAGAGAUUUCAAACGAAGUUUUACAAACAAACAACCGACAUACAUGUUCCAAAUAUUGAGUUGAAAUCGGUAUCAAAACAAUGAUGUAAAGGCAAGUGGCCUUAAGGAUACUUCAUGAAAAGCAAGUAUAGACAGCUAAGAGUUUUAGAAGGCUAAGCUAAGGCUGGUUAUUGACAUAGGGCUAUGCAUGGACUUUUUUAUGGGGG